CAGGCCCAGCAACCUCCUCUGUCAGCUUGGCUAGCAAUGCUUGCAAAUUUGUGCUGAAGUCAGGAAAGACGUUUCAGGACGACGCAGCGAAGUGGUCGUUGCGAGGUCCUCUUGCGUUCGAAGGACCUCUCUAGAUCCAGUGUAGUAAGCAGAGGCCGCCACCAUGCAGGCUGUCCAAGCGUCCUCGCUGGCCUCGGCCGGGGCCACCUUCGCUGCCGCCGCAGCAGGUGUGUCAUCCCAGAAGAAUGUGCAGAUGUCUGCCCCCGUGUGCAGACGUUCUGCCACCAAGGCCUCCCUGGGCAACUUCGCUGGCCUCCGCCGCGUCUCUGAGAGCAGGAGCGAGACUGCUGCUUUCAGCCAGCCGGCCGCAGUCAAGAGGAGUGCCAAGAAGCAAGGGAUCAGGGCAACCGCCGCUGUCAAGGCGCCCUCAAAGGUGUCCCCUGAGGUUGUCGACAAGAGCAUCAAUGCUAUCCGUUUCCUGGCUAUCGACGCUGUGGAGAAGGCAAACUCUGGCCAUCCCGGUCUCCCUAUGGGCUGUGCACCCAUGGCAUAUGUCCUCUUCAAUGAAACAAUGAAGUUCAACCCCAAGAACCCUUACUGGUUCAACAGGGAUAGGUUUGUGCUCUCCGCUGGUCACGGUUGCAUGCUCCAGUACGCCUUGCUCCACCUGGCCGGGUAUGACAGCGUCAAGACUGAGGAUCUGUCACAGUUCAGGCAGUGGGGUAGCAAGACCCCUGGUCACCCCGAGAACUUCGAGACACCAGGAGUGGAAGUCACGACCGGGCCCCUUGGCCAGGGUAUUGCGAACGCCGUUGGUCUGGCCCUUGCUGAGGCUCACUUGGCUGCUCGGUACAACAAGCCUGAUGCCAAGGUUGUUGACCACUACACGUACUGCAUCUUGGGGGAUGGAUGCAACAUGGAGGGUAUCUCCAAUGAGGCUGGCUCCCUUGCUGGUCACUGGGGCCUCGGCAAGCUGAUCUGCCUGUACGACGACAACAAGAUCUCCAUCGACGGUCACACAGACAUUGCCUUCACUGAGGAUGUGCAGGCCCGCUUCGAUGCUCUCGGCUGGCACACAAUCCACGUCGAGGAGGGAAACACUGAUCUCGAUGCUCUGCGCAAGGCCAUUGACGAGGCCAAGUCUGUGACUGACAAGCCCACCUUCAUCAAGGUGUCCACCACCAUUGGGUUCGGGUCUCCUAAUAAGGCGAACACGCACGGAGUGCACGGGGCGGCGCUGGGAGGCAAGGAGGUUGCUGCAACCAGGGAGAACCUCGGCUGGCCCUAUGAGCCGUUCAAGGUUCCGGAUGAGGUCUACGCUAACAUGGACAAGACGGAUGCCGGCGCUGAGUAUGAGAAGGACUGGGAGUCAGCACUCGCCAAGUACGUCGAGAAGUACCCGGAGGAGGGCGCCGAGUUCAAGCAGCUCAUCAGCGGAAAGCUUCCCGAGGGCUGGGAGAAGGCUCUGCCGGAGUUCACCACUGACAGCGCCGCUGACGCCACCCGCAACAUCUCCCAGACGGUGCUCAACGCCGUCGCCAACGUGCUGCCCGGCUUCCUGGGUGGCAGCGCUGACCUGGCCCCCUCCAACAUGACCCUGCUCAAGCAGUUCGGCGACUUCCAGAAGGCCACCCCCGCGGAACGCAACCUGCGCUACGGUGUGCGCGAGCACGCCAUGGGUGCCAUCGCCAACGGCAUCCACCUCCACAACUCGGGCCUCAUCACGUACGACGCCACCUUCUUCAUCUUCACCGACUACAUGCGCGCCGCCAUCCGGCUGUCUGCCCUCAGCGAGGCGGGUGUGAUCCACGUCAUGACGCACGACUCCAUCGGCCUCGGAGAGGACGGCCCCACGCAUCAGCCCAUCGAGCACCUGGCCAGCUUCCGCGCGAUGCCCAACAUCUACAUGUUCAGGCCCGCUGACGGCAAGGAGACGGUCGGCGCCUACAAGAUCGCCAUUGAGAGCCGGAAGACCCCCUCGAUCCUGGCCCUGUCCCGGCAAAAGCUGCCCCACCUGCCCGGCACCUCAGUGGAGGGCGUGGCAAAGGGCGGGUACCUGGUUGAGAAGGAUGCGGACAAGCCCGACGUUGUCAUCCUGGCAACAGGGUCUGAGCUCGAGAUUGCCGUCGCGGCUGCUAAGGAACUUAGGGGCGAGGGCAAGAAGGUGAACGUGGCGUCGUUCGUGUGCUGGGAGUUGUUCGAGAAGCAGUCACCGGAGUACAAGGAGUCGGUUUUGCCCAAGUCAGUCAAGGCGAAGGUGUCGAUCGAGGCCGGGAGCACCCAAGGGUGGCACAAGUAUGUGGGUGACGGCGGCAAGGCGAUCGGCGUUGACCACUUCGGCGCGAGCGCGCCCGCCGGCGCCCUCUACAAGAACUUCGGCAUCACGGCAGAGAAGGUCGUUGAGGCAGCCAAGGCCAGCUUGUAAUUCGCGUAUACAGUACACAUAGGAAAGCAUAGCGGGCCAGCAUUGGCGGUGCCAGGACUUUUGCCCAUUUAUGCCAGGCAGGGGUAUCGAACUGCCGCGAUUUAUUGAUGCUCAGGAAUAGAGGUGUUCACCGCUUUCCAAGCAAGCUGCCAUCCAGUUUUAGGUAGGCAGAAUGAGUUUGACCCUGCCGUCUGUUGUACCUUACCACUGUCGAUGAACCAUCCAUUGAUACAGAUUUGUCAAUCAGCGGGUCCAGGUUUUGCCAACAGGUUUCAAUCAAGCUGAUCACCAGAUUCUUUCAAAUCGUAUUCCUUUCUGCACCGCUGCCAAUGCUUGUUGGAGACUCGACCAGCUGUGAGCUUGUAUCGUUCAC